UGCUUCUGCAGUACUUAUUCCCAUUCAAAACCUGUUUCCUGCCGAGUCUGCAGAUAGGCGAUCAAGACCAGAACGUUUUGCGCUACCCAUGGAAACUCAGGCUGAUCAUGUGUCUCAGGAACCUCAGCCCCUGCGUGAGAGUGCUCUUCCUUCUUCGAGAGUUCCUGCCUUUUCCAACAAGGACAGUUUGGGCGAUGAGAUGUUGGCAGCUGCUCUCCUAAAAGCCAAGUCCCAGGAGUUGGUGACAUUUGAGGAUGUGGCUGUCUACUUCAUCCGGAAGGAGUGGAAGCGAUUGGAACCUGCUCAGAGGAACUUGUACAGGGAUGUGAUGCUGGAAAACUAUGGGAAUGUGUUCUCACUCGAUAGUGAAUCCAGGACUGAAAGUGAUCGAGAAAUUUCAGAAGAUUCAGGAUCACAUGGGAUGCUAUUGGGAAGAUUCCAAAAGGAUAUUUCUCAGGGUCUUAAAUUUGAAGAAGCCUAUGAACAAGAAGUCAGUCUAAAAAGGCAACUAGGGAACUCCUCUGGGAAAAGAUUGAAUAGGAAAAUUCAAGAUUUUGGUCAAAUGACAGUUGAGGGAAAGCUCUCCUCCAUGGGAGAGAGAAAUGAGAAAUACAAUGAGUUUGGAAACAGCUUCACUGUGAAUUCCAACCUUAUUUCACAUCAGAGACUUCCUUUGGGAGACAGACCCCAUAAAUGUGAUGAAUGUAGCAAGAGCUUUAAUCGAACUUCAGACCUUAUUCAACAUCAGAGAAUCCACACAGGGGAAAAACCCUAUGAAUGUAAUGAAUGUGGCAAGGCCUUCAGCCAGAGCUCACAUCUUAUUCAACACCAGAGGAUCCACACUGGGGAGAAGCCUUAUGAAUGUAAUGAUUGUGGAAAGACCUUCAGUUGUAGCUCCGCUCUCAUACUACAUCGGAGGAUCCACACUGGGGAGAAACCUUAUGAAUGUAAUGAAUGUGGGAAAACCUUUAGCUGGAGUUCUACCCUUACUCACCAUCAGAGAAUCCACACUGGUGAGAAACCCUAUGCUUGUAAUGAGUGUGGCAAGGCCUUCAGUAGGAGCUCUACCCUUAUUCAUCACCAGAGAAUCCACACUGGAGAGAAGCCCUAUGAAUGUAAUGAGUGUGGCAAGGCCUUCAGCCAGAGCUCACAUCUCUAUCAGCACCAGAGAAUCCACACUGGAGAGAAGCCCUACGAAUGUAUGGAAUGUGGAGGAAAGUUUACCUAUAGUUCAGGCCUUAUUCAGCAUCAAAGAAUCCACACAGGGGAGAAUCCCUAUGAAUGUAGUGAGUGUGGAAAAGCCUUCAGGUAUAGCUCAGCCCUUGUUCGCCAUCAGAGGAUUCACACUGGAGAGAAGCUUGAAUGUAAUGGGUAUGAGCAAAAGUUCUCUCAGAGUUACUGCUGAAUUAAAUAUCAGAGAAUCUACAUGAAAGAGCCGCAUACCUGUUUCGUCACUUCCUAAGUCUAAGAGCCCUUGCCUUAUUUUGUGACUGUGAACAGUUUAGGCUGUGUCCCUUUCACCUCAAACCUUUCCUUUUAGAGCAUGGGGCAGAUUGGGUAUAUCAUCGUGGCAGAGUGACCAGAAACCUAGUGGAUUUCCCAGAAAACAGCCUUCAAAACUUGAGAGGCAAGUCACAUUAAGUGCUGGGAACAGAAGGAAGCUGGAGGACCAGUCAACCUUUUUUGGAAGGGAGUUUGCACUAAACCAUUUUUCUCUCACCAGAGGAGCCUUUCUUUCCAACAUGGAGAUGGAAGAUAAGGAAUAAAGUUCCAAUGGUUCUACUAGUUGGAAUCAGUGUAGCAAGCACAAAAGGCACUGGAAAGAAUGUUCUGGGUUGUUUGCUAGGAAGAGGAAUAGAGGCUGUCUUUUGAAGCCAUUGUCCCUAAUCCAGCUUUAAGAUUUGACAAGGAACGUGCUAUUGCAUUUUAUGAUUUCAUUAAGUAAUUAAGGAAACUUGGUGUUGAAGAACUUAUUUUAUUAAUGAGGGGGAAGUGACCCCAAAAAAGAUUGCUGUGAUAACUAUGCUGAAGGGCUUCUGGAGCAACGGCCAUGUUUCCAAGAGCAGUCUGGCAGUACUGUAGGCAGAGCCUCCCAGGCUCCUGUACUGACUAGGACAUCCAACUGAGUGGUGAAUAACCUGAGGGUGCAGAUCAGACGCCUUUAGCUCUGGCCUCUGAUUCCGGCCCUCAUCCUCUUUCCACUCCUAUGAAGACAAGUGAUUUACUCCUACUUCUAGUUUCUAAGGAUGCUCUCAAAGAGCUUACUCAGUCAGCCUCUCCUGACCGCUGUGACCUCUUAACAUUUCACUCCAGCAGCUAGACCUCUCCUAACUCCACUUCUAACUUCAACAGGCAAGGAUUAAUCCAAAUAAAGAGCAGAGCCCGGGGAAGGAAGGCUGUGGCCUCUGCCUGGUGACAGGGCUCCUUGCAGGGCUAGGAUGGCGAUCCCUUAAUUUUCCCAACCUGAGGGAUGACCUUCCAUUGUUUUCCCAACCCUGCUCACCCUGUAGCAUAAAUGAAGUGCACUAUUAAACAAUAGUUUUUCAGAAGAGGAAAUUGAGUGUGUUUUUGUGCAGGGGUAAAUUUAUUUCAGCUAAAACGCAGACUAUAAAUGGAAUCUGAAAGUUAACCUUUAAAUUUUUUUUUUUGACAACCCAUUUCUCAGUUACAAAUAUGAGGUUUCCUUUUCCUUCUGUGCUUCUUCAUAGUUCUGUAGAAACUGUACUGUCACAAUUCAACAUAGAACCAUUGACAGAAUUACUCCCACAUAUAGGAUAUUGUGAGCUGCAGCUCAUUCUGUGUAGUACAAUACUUAAGACCAACAACCAAAAAUAUGAAAAACAAAAACAAAACAAAAUGAAGGUGUUACUGGCUGUAGGCACCCUGAAAAGAGUACUUGGUUGUUGGGUAGCGGUGUGCAAUUUAGAUUUCUUGGUUGGGUUAUUCAUAGAAAGAGAUAAUAACCACAGAGAAAGCUAGGUUGAAAAUCUGAUGGGAGAAAAGAUUUUGGGACUCUGGCCUUUUUGAAAAAGCAUUAAAUCAUAUAUAUGGUAAUUGACAAUGUAAUACAGGUUUCUAAUUUCACAGAACAGUUCAUGAAACAUUGUCUCAGCAUUUGCUACAUACAGCUUGACUUUGUUUCUCAAAGGAUGGAUGGUGAACUAAGCUGCUCGUUAGUUGGGUAGGUUUUUAAGCCACCCCCCCCCCAGGGUACACUAUCAUAAUUUCUGGAACAAGAGUGUACAUUUUUUUUACACAGAGAAGGAAGAAAUAGUUAUGUUUAUGAAAUGUUCUAGAAAAGAUAAACUAGGUCUUAGGAUAGGUUGUAAAUAUGUCGUAAAGAGAAAGUUCCAGAUGACGGCUUGGGUUGGGCAAGUCCAUGGGCACCUAAAAAGGCUUUGCGGAGAUCUCGAGGUAAGUCACUGAACGUGAAGGAUCAGCCCCUUUGUGCUUGAUUGAAACACAUACUGAAGCCACCCUAAAGAGUAAGCACUUCAGAUCAUCUGAGGGGGCCUACAACUGAUCUUGGCCAUUAUGUGGACAUUUUGUUAUUUAAAAAAAUUUUUUUUAAGGUUUUCUGAGAUGAGAUCUUGUUCUGUAAUUUAGGCUGGC